GUUCUCCAACGAACAACGUUGUCUUUGUUUUAUUGAUUUCAUCUCACUCACCAUUACCAUUACCAUUACCAUUACCAUUUUCAUAUCUCGUUUUGAUUGUUAAAACAAACAUAUAUUUCUGUUUCCUGCUGCUACGCUCUCCAUGUCUUCAAAAUCUCGAGAUGUUUGUAUUGUUGGUGUUGGAAGGACACCAAUGGGUGGUUUCCUUGGAUCCCUAUCUUCUCUUUCUGCUACACACCUAGGCUCACUCGCUAUUAAAGCUGCUCUCAAGAGAGCCAAUGUUGAUCCAUCACUUGUGCAAGAAGUGUUUUUUGGGAAUGUUCUUAGUGCAAAUUUAGGGCAGGCGCCUGCUAGACAGGCUGCAUUAGGGGCUGGAAUACCUACAUCUGUUAUCUGCACUACUAUUAACAAGGUUUGUUCCUCUGGGAUGAAAGCUACCAUGUUAGCUGCACAAACCAUUCAGUUGGGUUCCAAUGAUGUUGUUGUGGUUGGUGGUAUGGAAAGCAUGUCAAAUGCACCUAAGUACAUUGCAGAAGCAAGGAAGGGAUCUCGGUUAGGACAUGAUACUAUCAUUGAUGGGAUGCUCAAAGAUGGCCUUUGGGAUGUCUAUAAUGACUUUGGCAUGGGAGUUUGUGCAGAAAUGUGUGCAGAUCAGCAUGCCAUAACUAGAGAUCAGCAGGACUCUUAUGCCAUUCAAAGCUUUGAGAGAGGAAUAUCUGCACAAAAUGGUGGCCAUUUUGCUUGGGAGAUAGUUCCGGUUGAAAUUUUCAGUGGAAGAGGAAAGCCCUCCACACUAGUUGAUAAAGAUGAAGGUUUGGGAAAGUUUGAUGCUGCAAAGUUAAGGAAGCUUGGACCAAACUUUAAAAAGGUUGGGGGUACUGUGACCGCUGGCAAUGCUUCUAGCAUAAGUGACGGUGCGGCUGCAUUAGUGCUAGUGAGUGAAAAGAAGGCACACGAGCUUGGAUUACAUGUAAUCGCUAAGAUAAAAGGAUUUGCAGAUGCAGCUCAGGCACCCGAAUUCUUUACAACUGCUCCUGCCCUGGCAAUACCAAAAGCUAUAAAAUCAAAUGCUGGUCUUGAGGCUUCUCAAAUUGAUUAUUAUGAAAUAAAUGAAGCAUUUUCUGCUGUGGCUCUUGCGAAUCAGAAGCUUCUCGGUCUUGAUCCUGAAAAACUUAAUGUGCAUGGAGGAGCUGUGUCACUGGGACAUCCAUUGGGUUGCAGUGGAGCUCGCAUCUUAGUCACACUACUAGGGGUAUUGAGACAUAAGGGUGGAAAGUAUGGUGUUGGUGCCAUCUGCAAUGGGGGAGGAGGUGCAUCUGCUCUAGUGGUUGAGCUCAUGCAAGGCUCCACCUGGAGACGUUCAUCAUUGUGACAAAGAUCUCCUUACAUCAUAUUGCUUUUCAACACUACUACAACUUCUUUGGAAGGACAAAGCAUAUAUGUUGGGUUAGAGGAAUAAAUGGUAUUAGUUCAGCUUCACAACCAUCUGCAGUUAUGUUUUUUGCGAACUAUACGUAAAGGUCAUCAAUGCAGUGUUGACAAGAGAGAAUCAAGAAAUAUAGUUUAAUCUGAGUUUAGCUAAAUCACGUUGAUCCACCGUGAUUUGGGCAAAGGCUACACUUCGCAGCUUCAACAAAGUCACUGUGAUUCCAAACAUGUACUUCAUCUUUACAUUUAAUGCGAUAACACUUAUGUAGCUGCUACAAGAACUUAACAGGAAUAUUUUAACAGAAUAACUACCUUUCAUCUAUAAAAAAGAAGAAAGAAUAGCUGCCUUUCAAAUAAUUUCUAACUAUAAAACUGAUUUCCUUUAAUUCUCCAUCA